AUGUCCCGGUUUGUGUGUUCCUUCCUCCAGAAGGUCCAUGAAUAUUUUAAGAUCUGCAUAUUCACUAUCCUGAAUGCCGAGUUGUUCACAGACUGCGGUCGGCCUUCCUUCUCCCAGCGGGUUGUAGGUGGUAAGAACUCUCUUCCGGGGAAGUGGCCGUGGCAGGUCAGCGUGAUCUCUGAUAACACGCAUCUGUGCGGAGGGUCCCUUAUCUCCAGGAGCUGGGUGGUCACUGCUGCGCAUUGUAUGGGUGGAACAUUUUCAGUGAUGCUGGGCGUGCUCACCCUGAUAGGAACAAGUACCACGAGGGUCAUUGUACCAGUGAAAACCACCAUCAUCCACCCGAUAUACAGCGGAGACGGGAGCAGCGGAGACCUGGCUUUAUUGGAACUGGAGCGUCCUGUGACUUUUAAUAACUACAUUCAGCCAAUCUGCCUCCCCUCCCCCGACCAGCUAUUCCCAGACGGAAUGAUGUGCUGGGUAACCGGCUGGGGGAAUAUUAUGGAAGGAGUAAGCCUGGCCCUCCCGUAUAUCCUGCAAGAAGUGGAACUUCCUCUUAUCAACUCCUCCGCAUGUGACCACAUGUUCAAAGCUGCCUACAACAUCACCGCUGCCAUGAGCGUUGUACAAGACGACAUGAUCUGUGCCGGAUACCAGGAGGGAAAGAAGGAUUCCUGCCAGGGGGAUUCGGGGGGCCCUCUGGCUUGUCAGUUUGGUAAUUCCUGGUUUCUUGUUGGCGUUGUGAGCUGGGGAGAUGGCUGUGCCAGGCCCGGAGAACCCGGAGUCUACACCAAGGUCUCCAGCUUCUCAGCCUGGAUCCAGGAAAACGCUGAUCUGGAUCCAACAUCUGAGGGGAAUAUCAAUGUGACAAUCCAUGUCAACACAUUCAGCACCAAGAAGCCAACGGCUGCCGCAAAAAGCUUCUCCUCAUCCAAAAACAUCCAAGAAGACACCAGCGGGGCGGCGGGGCAGAUGCCUCACGUCGGAGCUGCGGGUUUAAUGCUUCUGAUGUUCCUCAUCAGGACUCUGGACAUUAUGUAAGAAGUGACGGAGAAGCUUUAAUGUUCCAACGUAUCAAUCCACAAAUCUCCAAUCACUAAAGUUAUUUAGAAAUCCAAGCGGCCGCCUCAAUGUCAGGAAAGAUUCUUCAAGCGUCUCUGAGGAGACUCGGAUUGUACUGAGAUCGGGGAGAAGGCUUGGACAUCACCUCAUUGCUCCUUCUUGGAGACGGAUGCCCCAAUGCUGGUGACCUCCGAGCUGAUCGGAGGAGGCCGCCUGGACCAGCAGGGAAACGUCUUCAAGAUUUCUAAACAUUCUGAUUGAUUAAUUGUCACUAAUUGUCCCAGGAUUCCUGACAAUCAGGAUCUUCAUCCCGUCCUGCAGUUCAGAACAUUGGUACUACCAUGGUGACAUCACCAUCAGACAUGGUCUUCGGUAUACAUCAUUCCACCAUUUACUGCAGAUAUCAAUGAAUUUAUAUACCGCCAUUUACU